UUGAAGUUUGGAGGUUGGAUGCCGCCGCUAUUGUCUGUUUUUUACCGAAACCCCAAUCUCUCUUGGAACCUUCCCGAAUCAGGAAAUCUUUAUUUAAAAUCCAAGAUAUCUUCAGUACCAUUGUCCUCUUUGGAUCUUUGGUAAUGGAGGGAGGUUCAGCACUAUCAACAGACAAACAGAAUGAAUCGACGCCCUCUUAUACCUAUUGGGUUAGACAAACGACGCAAGAUGCUGCACCUUUACCUCUUCCGAAGAAGCUCACAUCUGAAGACCUCAAUAAUCAAGCCAAUAAUCCUCAAACCCACCUUGGCUCGGCCUGGAAUAGGGCUGGAACAUGGGAGGAGAAAAAUCUAAAUAAAUGGGCGAAUGAUCGAAUUAAGGAGCUGCUCAUAUCUGUGGGAUCACUGGAGUAUUCUGGCGGCAGAGCAGAAGUAGCCGAAGUAACACGAUGUUCUGGUGAUGCAUUUUUGGUGACUGUACGGAAUAAGAAGCGUGUUGGCUAUACAUAUGAGCUCACGAUCAAAGUCAAGGGGGAAUGGCUUGUUGGAGAUGAGAAAAAGGUGAUCAAGGGCAAUAUAGAUAUACCAGAGUUCUCAUUUGGCGAGCUAGAUGAUUUGCAGAUUGAAGUGAGUCUUAGUGAAGACAAGGAUCUUGGACAACAAGACAAGCAUCGGAUAAAACAGGAUAUGAAACAAUUUCUGCAGCCUCUUCAGGAAAAAUUGUUCAAGUUUGAGCAGGAACUGAAAGAGUUGUAGUAUGGUACUAUUUUCUUGAAGCUUUCCGUUUUCUUGUGGUCUGGAGCUGUGGACGAAUGUCCCUUUGGCUGGAAAGUGUUAUUUCAGCUUGGAUUACUCAAAAUGUACUACUUUGGCACAACUAAUUAAGAAUAUUGGGAUUCUAGAUUA